AUGGCUGAACCUUUAUCCUUUGCGGCGAGUAUUAUCGCUAUUGUGCAGGCCACGCAAGCUGCUGGUCAGGCUUUUAUUGCGAUUUAUAACUUUUAUGGCGAUAUAAAAAAUUCGCCUGAAACUACCAGGAAGCUUGCGGCUGAGAUCCAAUCUCUUGGAGAAAUCCUCAAUCAAAUGAAAACAUAUGGGGAAGAAAACAAACAAUCGACAGCAAUACAGAAUCUGGAAGAAAAUCUAAAGAAUUGUUCUAAGUUGCUAGAGAAAUUACAGGCAAUGCUUUACACGGCUCAGAAGGUAUCAAAGCUGGACAAGAUGUGGAGAAGACUUAAACAAGCAUUCAACAAAAAGGAUAUUGCGGAUAUCAUAUCCCAAAUUCAGAGUUAUAAGAAAACAUUCAGUCUUGGCUUGGCCGUGGAGAAUAUAUCCAUUGCAAGAAACGUCGAGGCACGUGUUCAGCAUAUCGCUCAGGAACAACAUGUCGAUAGAAUAAACGCAAUGAAAGGCCAUUCAGAGGAGAGAUGGAAGAAGAUCCUUCAUUGGGUUUUCGCGGGAUCUACUAGUAAAAAACACACUGAUAUCACAAAGAGAAGGCGAAAAGGGACCGGAAAAUGGUUUUUACAGACUCCGGGGGUUCAAAACUGGAUUACUGAUCCAGAUUCACCAAUUGUUUGGGGACACGGUAUUCCUGGUUCCGGAAAGACGUUUUUGAGCUCUGCUGUAAUCGACCAUGUCGAAAACGAAGAUCUAUUUCCGACGCCAGAAAACGGAGUCGCCCAUAUAUACUUUGAUUACAAAGACCAGGAACAACAGAAAGCUGUCGAUGUUCUCUCCAGCUUGGUGAAACAGCUUGCUUACCAAUUGCCAUUCCCGCUCAAAGAACUUGAGGAAUUAUAUAAAAAGAAAGAAUCCAAAGAUAGAAGGCCUACGACCGAGGAGCUAUUUACUAUUCUCCUCAUAAUCUUCACAUCCUUUAAUCGUGUCUUUCUUAUCUUCGAUGCACUGGACGAGUCCGAUCAGCGCAAAGAGAUUCUUCCACUAAUUCAGCGUAUGUCAAUGAAAAACGUAAAUGUGCUUGUUACCAGUAGGCCUUACCCAGAAGACAUUCAGGCGUUGUUUGGGCACAACACCGUAAAGUUAGAAAUCCUCGCGAAGGAAGAGGACAUUGUCAAAUAUAUCGGGGAAAAGAUCGAUGAGAACCCUCGAGCAAAGCGGCUCGUCGAACUUGGAGAUUGUCGGGAAAAAAUCAUUUCCGAACUUGUGGACUGCGCUAAGGGAAUGUUUUUGCUCGUUCAUUUCCAUGUAAAUUAUGAAGUUUUUGAAGAGAACUGGGAGAUACAAAUCAUCGAAGAAUUGGAAAAGUGGGAGGCUUUGUGCAUAGCAUGCCGCAUCGGACAUCACGGCUCCGUUAAGAUUUUGAUCGAUGACGGAGCAGAGGUUCUAAAAUCAGACAGAUUAGGACGUACUCCUCUAUACUUCUCAGUGCACACCGGAAGCACACUGAUUACCCAGCUAUUGCUCGAUGUUGGCGCGGAGAUUUCAACCCAAACAUUGAACGAUCAACGGACACCCCUAAUUGAAGGAGUAAGAAAUGGUCAUCUACCAAUUGCCCAAAUACUACUCGACAAUGGAGCCAAUGCUGGGGCUCAAGAUCAAUAUGGUUGGACAGCAUUGCACCAUGCGGCAUGUGAAGGGUACUGUGAAAUCGUACAACUCCUCAUCAACAAUCAUGGUGUGGAAAUAUCAGCUCAAGAAGAAGAUGGCUGGACAGCACUACAUCUUGCAGCACACAAUGGACACCUGCCAGUCGUCCAGCUCCUGCUCGACAAGGGCGCCGAUGUCUCGGACCGAAAUAAGAAUGGUGCUUCAGUCUUAUACAUCGCGGCACAAAUGGGACACCUGCCAGUCGUCCAGCUCCUGCUCGACAAGGGCGCCGAUGUCUCGGACCGAAUGAAGAAUGGUGCUUCAGUCUUAUACAUCGCGGCACAAAUGGGACACCUGCCAGUCGUCCAGCUCCUGCUCGACAAGGGCGCCGAUGUCUCGGACCGAAAGAAGAAUGGUGCUUCAGUCUUAUACAUCGCGGCACAAAAUGGACACCUGCCAGUCGUCCAGCUCCUGCUCGACAAGGGCGCCGAUGUCUCGGACCGAAUGAAUGAUGGUGCUUCAGUCUUAUACAUCGCGGCACAAAUGGGACACCUGCCAGUCGUCCAGCUCCUGCUCGACAAGGGCGCCGAUGUCUCGGACCGAAAUAAGAAUGGUGCUUCAGUCUUAUACAUCGCGGCAGAAAUGGGACACCUGCUAGUCGUCCAGCUCCUGCUCGACAAGGGCGCCGAUGUCUCGGACCGAAAGAAGAAUGGUGUUUCACCAUUAUACAUCGCGGCAGAAAUGGGACACCUGCCAGUCGUCCAGCUCCUGCUCGACAAGGGCGCCGAUGUCUCGGACCGAGAUAAUGAUGGUUUUUCACCAUUAUACAUCGCGGCAGAAAUGGGACACCUGCCAGUCGUCCAGCUCCUGCUCGACAAGGGCGCCGAUGUCUCGGACCGAGAUAAUGAUGGUUUUUCACCAUUAUACAUCGCGGCAGAAAUGGGACACCUGCCAGUCGUCCAGCUCCUGCUCGACAAGGGCGCCGAUGUCUCGGACCGAAAUAAGAAUGGUGCUUCAGUCUUAUUCAUCGCGGCAGAAAUGGGACACCUGCUAGUCGUCCAGCUCCUGCUCGACAAGGGCGCCGAUGUCUCGGACCGAAAGAAGAAUGGUGUUUCACCAUUAUACAUCGCGGCAGAAAUGGGACACCUGCCAGUCGUCCAGCUCCUGCUCGACAAGGGCGCCGAUGUCUCGGACCGAAAUAAGAAUGGUGCUUCAGUCUUAUACAUCGCGGCACAAAUGGGACACCUGCCAGUCGUCCAGCUCCUGCUCGACAAGGGCGCCGAUGUCUCGGACCGAAAUAAGAAUGGUGCUUCAGUCUUAUACAUCGCGGCACACCAGGGACACCUGCCAGUCGUCCAGCUCCUGCUCGACAAGGGCGCCGAUGUCUCGGACCGAAAUAAGAAUGGUGCUUCAGUCUUAUACAUCGCGGCACACCAGGGACACCUGCCAGUCGUCCAGCUCCUGCUCGACAAGGGCGCUGAUGUUUCGGACCUAACCAAUGAUGGUUGGUCAGUCCUACACACUGCGGCACAACAUGGACACCUACCAGUCGUCCAGCUAUUGCUUGAGUAUGGUGCCGACAUGCUAGUUCAAGGCCCGGGCGGAACAACAGCGUUGCGUCUCGCAAAAUCAAAAUCUAUGACUCAACUCCUCACUCCAAAAGCGAACCAGGAAAAGAGUGAUGAUGAUAGGGACGAAGAAGAGGCCCCGUGA